AUGCAGUUUGGGAGUGAGUACUUGCUGAGUGGAGGUGCCGCGGCGACGGGCGCUAGGACCCAGGGACGCACACACACACACACUCUCUCUCUAUAUGUGUGUGUGUCUGUGCCUCCUGGCUCCACAUUUAGCAAUGCAAAUCUGCUCAGCAGUUUAAAAACAAAAUCCACAUGCACCCGAAAUAUAGUGUGUGUGUAUAAAUUUGCAAAGGGAGACAGGACUGGUCAGAGGCGCUUCGCAAUAACACAGCAGCCAGCAGCGACCAGCAGCAGGGGAGGUUGGGCGGCGAGCUCGCCGGGCGAGGGGAUUUAAUCUUUGCAACAAAAAAAAAAAAAUUUGCAAAGUUUUAUUUGCAGGACAGCGGAGAGGGUGCAAAGAAAAUAUUUGUCGGGGGGACGAAAAAAAAACCGAAAAGGACCGGUGGGGCGAAGAAUGUGAGAAAAGGGUCAGCAGCCGAAGAUUUUAAUAUUUUUUUUCAGUUUUUUAUUUUUGCAUUGUUUUCAUUCCACCCGGCCGAUGGCGAACCCGGCGGAGGACUGGCUGGAGGACGACGUGAGGAAGUGCGGCAGCCUCCGCAAGUGCAAGAGCUUGCACCGCAGGUUCUUCGUGCUGCGGGCGGCGAGCGAGCGCGGGGCGGCCAGGCUGGAGUACUACGAGAGCGAGAAGAAGUUCCGCGCGCGCGGCCCGGGAGGAGGAGGAGGAGGAGGAGGAGGAGGAGGGGCGGGGGGGAGCGGCGCAGGCGCAGGAGGGGCAGGCGCGGCCACGAGCCCGGCCCCCAAGCGCGCGCUCCCGCUCAACGGCUGCCUGAACGUCAACAAGCGCGCGGACUCGCGCUGUAAAUACCUGCUCGCGCUCUACACCCGGGACACGUGCCUGGCGGUGGCAGCCGACAGCCCACAGGAGCAAGACAGCUGGUACCGGGCUAUCCUGCAGCUCAUCACCCCCGGUACAGGCCCUACAGCCUCCAGCACCGAUGGAGACUCCAACUACGCCCUGGCACCGGGUCCAGCUUUCAAGGAGGUGUGGCAGGUCAACCUUCGUCCCCGGGGCCUGGGCCAGUCACGGAACAUGAACGGCAUUUACCGGCUGUGCCUGACGGAUAAGACCAUCAGCUUGGUGAAGCUGAACUCGGACACGGCGGCGGUGGUCCUCCAGCUGAUGAACAUCCGCCGCUGCGGCCACUCGGACAACUUCUUCUUCGUGGAGGUUGGCCGCUCGGCCGUCACUGGCCCCGGUGAGUUCUGGAUGCAAGUGGACGACUCGGUGGUCGCCCAGAACAUGCACGAGACCAUCCUGGAAGCCAUGAAGGCCAUGAGCGAGGAGUUCCGCCUGAGGAGCAAGAGCCAGUCGUCCAGCUCCAACCCCAUCUCGGUGCCCAUCCGCCGCUACCACCUGGCUAGCCUGCCGCCCAGCCAGGUGGGUUUCUCUGCCAGGAGGCCAGGAGCCACCUCGCCCGCCCAGCGUUGCAACUCCGUCAGGGCCCGGACCUCCAGCGACGGCAGCGCCGCCUCAUCCUCCUCCUCCUCCCGACCGCCGUCGGCUGACGAGGUCCCAGCCAGCCCCUCCCUGGGCGCCGGGCUGCCCUCAUCCCGGCCAGGGUCGUCCAGAGCUCACCCAACUCUGGGUCAGACCAGGUCGACCCCCGACCCCUCCACCCGGCGCUCGCCCUGCUCCGCCACCGGCCUCGCUUUCAGCCUGACCGCCGACCGUGGCUUCUCCUCGCCCUCCCCCUCCUCGUCCCCGCCGUCCUCGUCUGACGGGGAGGGGGAGUUCGGCACCAGCCCUGCCCAUUUCCCACUGGAGGGCACCCCCCAGGAUUACGUGGCGCUGUGCAGCCUUGCCCCGGCUGCGCAAGAGGUGGGCGCCCAGCAGAAGCGGGUCCUGAGGCGGGCAUGUAGCCAGGGCGAGGAGGAGAUGGGGGAGCGUGGUGUCAGCAAGCGGGCAUGGGCUGGCAAGGGUAGCUGGCGCGCUUCAAGAACCCCUGAACCGUCUGAGGGAGGGUGCAAGGAUUUCAGAGACAACGGGUACAUGGCCAUGUCGCCCGGCAUGGUGUCAGGGCCCUGCCAGGUCCAGGGUGGCGACUAUGUAGCCAUGACUCUUAAGGGUGCAUCGGCCCCCCAGCAGAUCCUGGGCCCCCAUCCCGACGGCCGCUGCGGAGGUGGUUACAUGCUCAUGUCCCCCAGCGGGAGCUGUUCCCCUGAAAGCUGGGCUCGGGCGGUCAACCGCAAGUUGGAGAUGGGGGACGGAAUCAGCGACUACAUGAACAUGUCGCCGGGCAGCCGCUCGGCUUCCAGCACCCCCCCCGAGAGCCCCCGUAUCCCACUGCCCCCCCGGGCGGAGGAGGGCGAGCUGGCGGACUCACUCUGUCACGGCUUCCGCUCACUGCCCCGCUCCUACAAGCAGCCGGCCCCAGCCACAGCCCCGGCCGCCUCCUCUGGCCAGCUCUCCUCCUCCUCCUCCUCCUCCUCCACUGACGGCAGCAGUGACAGCCUGGGGGAGGCGGAGGGGCGCCGUCCAUCCUCUGCGACCCCCGCUGCCCAGCAGCCCCCUAGACCGGGCAGGAAGGCUCUGUGCCGCCCGGCCUGUCUCAGUAUCGACGUGGCCAAAGCAAAAACUCUGCCCCGUCACCGCGAUAGCCCAGAUCCCCAGAGCCCGGGAGAGUACGUCAGCAUCGAAUUCCGGGCUGAGACCACCGUCCCCAGGUCCGGACCCUGUGCCAGCAUGUUCCAACAUCCGCCCUGCCCGGCCACCGAAUACAUCAACAUGGAACCCAGCCAGGUUUCUGCUAAGGAGCACAUCGCCGAUCCCUCUCCCAAAGGCACCUAUGAGCCCGUCGGCAUGCCGGAACUCAGCCCCGACCCCCACCAGGAAGCCAGGGUGAUUUGCGCCGACCCCCAGGGUAGACGCCGCCACUGCUCCGAGACCUUUCUGCCCGCGCCUCUCCCCUCCGCCCCUUCCGCCGACCACGUGAGAUGCCGUGGCUCGGCGUCCUUCGAGAACGUCUGGCCGACGGAAGGUGGGAGUGCCGAGGAGGAGCCUUGCACAGGGAUGUCACGCCACAUGUCAAUCGGCUUCGAAAACGGCCUGAACUACAUCGAUUUGGAUCUGGGUACAGAUAGCAGCCACACUGAACUGCCCACCUUGCAGCAAAGGCUUUACACACCUGCAAGCGCCCAAACUUAUGCCAGCAUUGACUUUCACAAGUCCGAGGAAUUGAGAAGCCAUAAAACUAACAAAGAAGAUUGCUGAUCGAAGGUCCUUGGCUUUCGGAAGGAUUGCAGAUACACUCAUCGGCCACCCAUCUGCGGAACAAUCCUCGACUUUGGUUCAAGGCUGAGGGAGGGAUUUCAGUCGCUUCAAGCAACAGCCAACUCACCUCAGAUGCAGUUCUAUAGAAGUAAAUGAUGACUCUCAUUUUGCACAGACAUUCAACACCACGGGCACAUCCCUGGUGUAGCACAACCCACCCGCUGAGCCUUUGAGAGAUGGUCGGUGAGUGGGGAGAAAAGGAUUAAAAUAAAAACCAAACACAGUGCCAAACUGAUCUUCAGAGGGCCAAGUGAGCCAUCAACUGGAUACAACCUCUUUCUUGAUUCCUGAAUUAACUUAUCUAACCACGCCUGGUCAUUCAGGCCGACGUGGGAAUGGUGCAGGAAGACUUGGCGAGGAACCGACAUUGCUCACCAUCUUCUGCUCUCCCCCGGUCUACAGAUUGCAACCCACCCUUGCCUGACUCACGGACAUCCAUCGGUUUGAUGCCUCUAUCUAGCGUAGAGUACAUCACCUUCCGUUGAGGGGGAGCGAAUGGGAGGUCAAUCAGUUCAAACCUCCCUCCGAUUUCAUUGUUCCUCUCCCUCCCCCAAAUCCACAACCCAACUGAGAGCAAGAAAAUCCGUUGGGAUACGCACAGUCGAAGAGUUGGCAUAGUCGCCCCCUUCUUCAUCCAACUCUUCAGAUCUAAGAUGGCCGCCUGCUUUGACUUGACUGCACCUGAGGCCAGUCACAGACACCAUUUUGAACUACACCAGCACAGUGGCUUAUCAAGCUACUGCUAACUCGCUGUCAUGUACACCCCUUUAUAGAUGUUGGAGUGUCAAAAACAAAGUGGCAAUGUGUUUUCUUUUAAACGUACUUGUGAGUUUUGUUUGGACUUGCAGCUAAGUUCUCACGAUAACCAAACAGGCCUUGAAUCUUGGGUUGCCAACUCCGGUUUGCCAUCUUGCUCGAGGUUCCAUCGUGACCUCUUGCCGUUCACUUGUUUAAGAAAGAACUGCAGAUGCUGGAAAAAUCAAAGGUAGACAAAAAUGCUGGAGGAACUCAGCGGGUGAGGCAGCGAAGGAAUAGUUGAUGU